AUGAACACAAAUGCAGUUGUAACAACCGUCGCCUGUACAGCGUUGCACGCGCGCCAUCUGCGUCGCAGUUCCAGCUGUCUCAACAGCGCGGAUUCCGGUGUCUUUAGUCACGAAGAGACAAAGGCGCUCCGGUCUGACGCGGCGGACGCCUGGCCGCUUAGUCAGGUGCCGGAGCCCCAACAGGAUGCGAGAUUCCACUUCGCAAACCGUGGCUUUUAUACUAACAUUGGACCAACAUUUAGACUAGACCCAGCCCCCUGUCUCGUCCGCGUGGCUCUUUGUGUGUUGGAUGACAUAGCCAUAGCUCUCCAACACGCUGGGGAUUUGCCGCUGGAGUGCGCACUCGACGCUGACACGUACAAAUUGGACAGCUUUUUCCAAGUAUCCGGAAAGCAAAUUGUUAUUGGAGCGUACUCCCCCGCGCCGGAGAAGGUGUCCCUGGAUGAGUGUCGAAAUGAUUGCACACAAAAUAAAUUCAGAUGGAAAGACUUUCGAGCAGUUCUUACCGCUGCCAUCCAACGUAUAACACAGUCGACGGCCGCUGAUGUCACUGACUUCAUGCUGGAGGACGUCGACGGCCCG